AUGGUUGACCCACUUUAUAAAAUGGUUGAUCUACCACCGCCAUCCUCCCUCUCACCGACCGACCUUUCCCUUCCAACUGUCUUCGGCAUCGCUGCCCUCGAUCUCUACUCCGGCGUGAUUUCCGGCGACAACCAGUCCUGGUGUGGCUUCUCCGAUGGACAAUCUUGGAACGCCGGCGUACUUUGUCUUCAUUUAUCCGGCUAUCAACCUCCGUUGCUUGCGUUCGUGUUUCCAACCAGAAAUCUUUCGGACGACUUGCUCCUCCCACUACCCCACAUCAUCGAUGUUCUCUUCUCAGAAUCACCAUCUCUCUCCGAUGAUGCUGCUCGCCUCGCCGUAGGCUCUUCCGACGGCGUUCUCUGCUAUGGCGGUCUGAACGAUGCAGAUCUGCUUCUAACGUCUAUUGGGGUGCACAAAUUUUGGGCUCGGCCCAGUAAAGUUUUUCCCAAUCCAGCACAGCAGUCAUUUAUUCCUUGGGCCCAAUUGAUACGGGCCUGGCCCAUCCAGACCAUUGAGGGUCUUUUCUCAAACUGGCUCCUCUACGACCCAUCAACGGAAUCUUUUCAGCUUCCUUAUGUUCUUGGUGUCCAUAGCCGACUUGCCGAGAUGCUUUCAUCCCCUUCUUUGUGGUGUAUGUUUAACAUCUCAACCUCCUCCAGUGGCAUGGAGAGACCGCUUCCACCUUCCUCCCUUUAUAGGGAGAGAACUUUUCCAUACCCUCCCUUCUUUGAGAGAAGCGGACUCUUCUCGGACACAAUACCGAGUAAGUUUUACAACAUUAUCACCGUUUUGUCAUCUUGCGUAGUGGUCUGUACAAGGCCUGAAGAUGCAACCAGACUCGCUUCGUCGAGUUCCGGAGGCAGAAGUUGUUUUUCAACGUCACAUUUCGAUCACAUUUCGACCGUGAUUAGGCUACAUCAAUCCGGCUCCGCCAUGAUUUCUCUUCUGACGCAUUUGAGCUUUGCUUUUAAUCCGCUGUCACAUAAAGACCUAUCUAUCUUAUGCUUUAAUUUUCUUAUGUUGUAUGGUAGUUUUCAAAGAGGAUGUCUAAUUCCCUCUAGUUUAUGUAACACCCAAGCUUAA